UUGGAAGAGGGCAGUGCCCCAGGUCACUUGCAGUACAUCAAUCACAUCGUAGUAUGGGGAAGCACUGCACAUGAGGUGAAGGCACUGAAAGAGAAGAUUGAAUCAGAAAGGGGGAAAGAUGCUUUUCCAGUAGCUGGCCAAAAACUAAUUUAUGCAGGUAAAAUCCUUAAUGAUGAUACUGCUCUUAAAGAAUACAAAAUAGAUGAGAAGAACUUUGUGGUGGUUAUGGUGACAAAACCCAAAGCAGCAGCUGGAGCAACUCAGCAGUCAAAUGCUACUACUACUAUUAGCUCGACAACUGCAGCUCCCCCACCAGUCACUGCACCAAUCCCUGCUGCCGCCCCUGUGCCAGCUCCUGUCCCUCCACCACCAGCAGCAGAUGCAGUUGCUUGUGAAUCUGCACCUGUGAGUGCUCCUAAAGAAGAGAAGCCAGCAGAAAAACCACCUGAGGCACCAGCUGCUGUCAGCCCAUCAUCAACUGACAGUACAACAGGUGAUACAUCUCGAUCAAAUCUUUUUGAGGAUGCUAUAAGUGCACUUGUGACAGGUCAGUCCUAUGAGAAUAUGGUGACUGAGAUCAUGUCAAUGGGCUAUGAACGAGAGCAAGUAAUCGCGGCGCUGAGGGCCAGCUUCAACAAUCCUGACAGAGCGGUGGAAUACCUUUUAAUGGGUAUACCUGGAGAUAAUCAGGCUGUGGCUGAACCCCCUCAAGCAGCAAGCACUGGUGCCUCUCAGUCUUCAGCAGUUGCAGCAGCAGUAGCAACUAUACCUACGACUGCUAGUUCAUUAGGAGGACAUCCGCUUGAGUUUUUACGAAAUCAGCCUCAGUUCCAGCAGAUGAGACAAAUUAUUCAGCAAAAUCCUUCUCUGUUACCGGCAUUGCUACAGCAGAUUGGACGGGAAAAUCCUCAACUACUGCAGCAAAUAAGCCAACACCAGGAACAUUUUAUUCAUAUGUUGAAUGAGCCAGUUCUAGAGUCCCGCCAAGGUUUAAGUGGCAGUGAUGAUGGUGCCAGCACUGGAGGAGUAGCAGAAGCUGGAAAUGGUCAUAUGAACUACAUUCAAGUAACACCUCAAGAAAAAGAAGCUAUAGAAAGGUUAAAGGCAUUAGGAUUUCCUGAAGGACUUGUGAUACAAGCGUAUUUUGCUUGUGAGAAGAAUGAAAACUUGGCUGCCAACUUUCUUCUACAGCAGAACUUUGAUGAAGAUUGAGAGACAUUUUUUUAUUUCACACCUCACACCAGUGCGUUACACUAACUUUGUUCACUGGAUUGUCUGGGAUACUUGGGCUUAUAUUCAUAAUGCUUGGUGUAUGGUAUAUGGGGAUGGGGGGAGAAGGCAAUAUAGGAAACAAAGCAAAGAAAGCAGCAAGUAUGUCUGCUUUAAAUUAGCAGAUGCAGAAAAUCACACAGUGUAAAAUAAUAUACAACCAAAAAUCAGCUUCUGCAGAUAAUUAGCUCCUUCUAUAAACUGUAGGUUAACUUUUUCUAGGUUUUCACUCUUACUGUACUAGCUCCAGAAAUGUAGUGUAAUGCCCUGCUUCAUGUUCCUUUCUACUUAGUAUUGGUAUUGGAAGUAGCAUGUGCUACCUAGAUUCUACAGUCUGUAUUUCAUGGCAACACUGGAUAGCAGCUUUGUGAAAUCUAAACGAUCUGAGCAAUGUAAACAUAAAUGCCAGAAUAUGGGUAGUUAUUUUGCUUUUUCAGAUGUGGUAAAGUAGUGCAAGAAGCACAGUAUUUUGUUUAAUGCUGGAUUAAAACAAUGUUGGCUUUUUUUUUUUCCCAAAUGAAAACCCAUUUCAGUUAAAAGUCUCUUGAUCAUUGAGAAACACUACCCCCUCCUUUGCCCCCCUCAAAUGAUCUGAGAAGCUAUAUACAUACAGGUAAAAUUACGAUCCUGUUUACAUCUUUGCUUUUUGGGAAAAAUGAUAGAUACCUAAUUACUGUUCAAGUCAAUGUUAUGUUGCAGUAAAAGUUUUAAAAGCAAUAGAUUGCAUGUUUGGUUUUGUUAUAUGCGUUUUUGUAAAUUGAAUAUUCUUUUUCUGCCAGCAAACAAAAUGCAAGCUUCAUUUUUGUCCACUGCAAUGAGACUUUAUCAAGCGAAAUUUCACCUUCCUACCUUUGUUGAACCAGCUUUUACAAUACAGCUGUAAGCAUCUGAAGAUAUUGGCAUUCUGUUGCUCUUGAGUAGAUUGUAAUGACUGAGCUAUUUCUGUUCAGUAAGGACUUUUUUGGAUUUAUUCACUUUAUGAGGAAGAGAAGUUCAUAACUUGAGAUAUCAAGCAAACAAUGAAGUUAUUCCAACCCAAAAAAAUCUGCACUCCUGCCUUUCUAUUGAAAAUAAGCUCUGGUUGUAGAGUUUUGAAUCUUACUUCUUGGUACCUACUUGUCAUUUAUUUUGUUUAGUCAUCACAGAAUGUAACAAUCUUCCUUUUAAUGUACAUUGACUUUUAGAGAUGAUUUUUGCCCAUCAUUGCAAUGCUAGCAAUGAAAACAAAUUCUAAUUUAAUCUAAAGCUAUUAUAUGCAAUGUUUCCUGAACACAGCUUGGGGAUGCUUUGAGUUUUUACUGUUGUACUCGAAUUACCUGGAUUACAAAUUUAUCUCUACAGUAACCAAGAAAAUAUUAGUGGUACAGCACUGAGCUGUUGUACCACUAAUGAUAUUAAUGAUUUAGUGGUACAACUGAAAAAUUAUUUUCUGCUUAGGUUGUGUAUCAGUGAAUUAACUACUUAACUACUACUUAAGCUCAAAGUACAAGUCAAGUGUCUUGAGAAAAGAGUGAGAAAGACUGAAACGUUUGUAUUUGUAUUUUGUUUCUUCAUUGGUUGGCCGUAGUCUGUUAAAUAAUUAUCUGCACAAAAUAGUGAAAUGUAUUAAAGCCUUUUACUUUUUCUUUCUAUC